GAACCAUAUCAUUUGUCGAUCAUUCCACUAAAACUGCAAGUUAGAUAAUGGACAUUGGAAUUUAAACUCAAUAUUCACUGCUAGAAUUCUAUAUUAAUCUUCCUACAAAAUUCGAACAAACACAAUUGUACGGAGAGACUGAACCGCACCAUAAAACAAAGACCCAAAUAAACUCCAAUUCUAAAAGCAUGGGAGCAACCAAUGCUCAUGUGUUACUGAUAUCAUACCCAUCACAAGGGCAUGUUGCACCAUUCAUGAAGUUGUCACACCUUCUAGUUGAUCAUGAGGUAAAGGUGACAUUUGUGAUAACAGAGUUUACACAUGUACGAAUGAAGAAUGCAUUGCCAGAGCUGGGAGAGAAGCAGCACCUGAUGAGGCUAGUCUCACUCCCUGAUGGUUUGGAAUCUGAGGAUGAUCGGAAAGAUGAAAGGAAGCUCAGUUCGAGUAUUGCUCAAGUCUUGCCUGGUCAUCUUGAGGACUUGAUUAAGAAGGCUAACCAAUUGGGUGGUGAUGAUGAUCAGAUCACUUGUGUUAUUACUGAUGCAGCUUUUAUGUGGGCUCUGGAGAUUGCUGAGAAGAUGAGGCUCAAGCGGGCAGUGUUUUGGACAUCCGAACCAGGACUCUUGGCCUCGGCACUUAACAUUCCGAAACUUCUUGAGGCAGGCAUCAUUGACAAAAAUGGAACUCCGAGAGAGGAUGGGAAAAUACAAUUGUCACCAAACGUACCAGCUCUGAGCACUUCUGAGUUCUUCUGGAACUGGCCAGAGAACCUAGAGAUGCAAAAGACCAUGUUUUCUUAUGCCCUUGCCAUCCAGCAAAAGAUGAAGGUAUCCAACUGGCUACUGUGCCACUGGUUUCAUGACCUCCACCCUGCAGCCAGUGAUUUACUCCCAAACAUGUUACCUAUUGGUCCAUUGCUGGCAAAUGAGCAUCCUGUUGGAAACCUUUGGAGAGAGGAUUUAACUUGCUUGAGCUGGCUCAAUGAACAACCAGCUGGAUCAGUCAUUUAUGUAGCCUUUGGCAGCACGUCACUUGUAUCCAUUAGCCAGCACCAGUUUGAUCAAAUAGCACUUGGACUUGAACUUGCAGGUCGGCCAUUUCUGUGGGUGAUAAAGUCAGACCUCACCAAAGGGUUCAACCCCAAAUACCCAGAUGGUUUUGCUAAUGGAAAAAUUGUUCAGUGGGCACCUCAAGAAAAGGUGUUGGCUCAUCCUUCUGUUGCCUGUUUCUUGACACAUUGCGGUUGGAACUCAACCUUGGAGAGCUUAAGCAAUGCAGUUCCUUUCCUAUGCUGGCCUCAGUUUGGAGAUCAACAUUAUGUCCAGAGCUGCAUAUGUGAUGGUUGGAAGGUUGGCUUACCAUUAAAAAAAGAUGACAAUGGGAUCAUUACAAGCCAUGAAAUUAAGAGGAAGAUUGAAGAGUUGUUUUCUGAUGAUGACAUAAGAGCAAAUUCACUGAAGCUGAAGAACAUGGCCAGAGAGAGUGUUGGGAAAGGGGGAUCUUCUGCAAAAAACUUGGAGUACUUUAUUGAACAGAUCAAGCAUUAAAACGUCUCAAGGUGUGUUGGGCAAAUCAUAGUGUCGAAACAUGUCAAAAUAAGGCUGUAUCAAUUAGGGCCAAAAGUUGUUUAAAAGACAGUUAAUAAUGUUUUGAUCUCCUCAAAGAUGAGUAGUUAUUGGAUAAUAAACAUCUAAAGCUUCAAAAUAAAUACAAAUAUUAGAUUUGUUUGAAAGUUGA